UUGUAUGAGGCAAACGUGCAACGCACGUUUCGGAAACUAGUGAGUUUAUAUAUAUAUUAAAUACUCAACCUUGUUGGAUUUCAUUGUGUGUUUGAUUUUGAAAUUUCUUAAAUGAAAAUCUUGACUAUGACUAGAGAUAAAUUUUUUAGAUUAUGAGUUUAUAUACUUACAACUCAAAACUUUAACAGAGAAUAUAUUUGGAUUUUACUUUCUUGAGCUCUUAACAAUGAGUUGGUAAUAAUUGAUAGCUAAAGAAAUAAGAGUAAUUGAAAAAAAAAAAACUACAUUUUGACAAAUAUAUCUUCCAGUUUGUAUCUUAUAUAGUUUUAAAUGUACCAACUCUCUAGAAGUCAAAGCUUGCCUUCUUUCAAAGUAAACAUCCAGUUAUGUUGUUCUUCUUGUUUUGGACUAAUUUUACUUGCUUAACAUUGUAACAAUAUUAAUAACUUUUGAUAGUAUACAACUUAUUGACCUGAAAUAGUAAUGGCAUUGAAUCUCUUCGGGGGUACUUUUUUCUUAAGUCGCGGUCAUGUCUUGCUCUCAAUAUAGUUCCAGGGGUUGGUUUCGAAUAUAAAGACACAAGCUCAAAGUAUAUCAUGUUUGUCCAAAUUCGACCAACAUUCUAUGAAUGAUCAAAAGAUUAUAAUAACCCAAAUGAACAACAUUGGAAGUCAUGUAUAGCGAAAAAGGAAACAACAAUAGAGGCAAGAUGAUCUGCACUUUGCAGACAAAGGAAAUCAAUCAUCACUAGUAAAUUGAAAUUAAUUUAAUUGGUACAUAAUGUAUCCACCAACCAUUGAAUUUGUUUUUAACUCUUUGCCAAAUCUGUUAUUCUACAUUUGUAACUAGCUUUUCUGUUCUACUUGCUACCCCCUUGAAAAUUCAUGCGACUAUGAAGCGAUCCAAGAAAACCUUCAAUGAUCAGCAAGUUUCUUCCGAUCGCGAAUCAGGUGCUGUUUUGAAGAACACAGAGUUGAAAUGGGGUCCGAGUCCAAUGACACUCAUGGGUUUUAUAGCUGUUCUCUUGAUGGUUCUUACUGUUGUUUUCUCAGCAGCUUUCUUUUUUGGGGACUUACCUUCUGAUUGUUUGUGGACUUUGGUUGAAGCUAGAACUUUUCAUGCUAAACAUUCAAAAGUAUCUGAAAAGGAUAUUCUGCAGCCACUGACAGUGCCAAAAGAUAGACUACUUGGUGGUCUUCUUCCUACUGGAUUUGAUGAAACAUCUUGUUUGAGUAGGUACGAAUCACACUUAUAUAGCAAACCUCUGCAACAUAAGCCUUCCUCUUAUCUUAUCUCGGGGUUUAGAAGAUACGAAGCUCUCCACAAGCAAUGUGGACCUUAUACAGAAUUAUACAACAGAACAGUAGACCUUAUAAAGUCCGGUGAAUACAGUAGUGAUUCUUCAGUUUGUAAUUACGUUGUUUGGAUAUCGUAUAGUGGUUUAGGGAACAGAAUACUAACCUUAGCUACUGCUUUUCUUUAUGCUCUACUCACAAAUAGAGUCCUUCUGGUUGACCCCAGAGCUAAUUUGCAUAACCUGUUUUGUGAACCUUUUCCUGAAGUUUCUUGGUUGCUUCCUCCAGAUUUUCCUAUUAUUGAUCGAUUUAGUAGCUUUAAUAAGAAAUCUCCACAUUCUUAUGGUUAUAUGGUGAGAAAUAAUGUCACAGGCAAUUCAAGAACACCUUCAUUCCUCUACCUUCAUUUAUGUCAUGACUUUGAUGUGCAAGAUAAAUUAUUCUUCUGUGACACUGACCAAACUUUUCUCCACAAAGUCCCUUGGCUAUUUGUGAAGUCAAAUAACUAUUAUAUUCCUGCUCUUUUCUUGAUCCCGUCGUUUGAGCAAGAGUUAAACAAUCUUUUUCCAGAGAAAGGAACUGUCUUCCACUUCUUGGGUAGGUACCUUUUCCAUCCAACAAAUUCUGUAUGGGGGCUUAUUACUAGGUACUAUCAAGCUUAUUUAGCUCAAGCAGAUGAAAAAAUAGGCAUUCAAAUUAGAGUUUUCAGUUUAGGUGUAAGCAAUUUUAAGUAUGUGUUGAAUCAAAUAUUAGCUUGCGCAACAAAGGAGAAUCUGUUACCACAGGUUAACCUGAAUGAGCCUAUAGCCAAUUCUUCUGGCAAGACGAAGACUAUAAGCGUCUUGAUGACAUCUCUGAGUUCACGAUACUUCGAGGAGAUUAGGAACAUGUAUUGGCAGAAUCCUACUGUUACAGGAGAGGUUGUUAGUGUUUUUCAGCCAAGUCAUGAAGAGCAUCAACAAACUGAGAAGCUGAUGCAUGACAGAAAGGCCUUGGCAGAAAUAUAUUUGCUGAGCUUAACUGAUAAAUUGGUUACAAGUGGAUGGUCCACUUUUGGUUAUGUGGCUUAUAGUCUUGGAGGUUUGAAGCCAUGGAUUUUAUACAAGUUUCAAGAAGGGACAGUCCAUAACCCGCCUUGUUUUCGAGCUACGUCUUUGGAGCCAUGUUAUCAUUCUCCCCCUUACUACGACUGCAAGAAGAAAACAGCAAGUAAUAACACGGUUAGCAUUGCUCCUCAUGUGAGACAUUGUGAGGAUAAUAGCUGGGGUUUGAAGUUAUUCGAUCGAAAAGGUAAAAUGUAACCAAUAAUUGUUGCAAGAGUAGUUACUAUAACUUAUUUCAAUAUUCUUUCAUUGUUAUAUAUCCGUAGUGUUUGAUGAAAGCUAUACCAUAAAUUUCUGUUUCUGUCGGGACUCUUAUUUGUAUGAUAUAAAGUAGUCGUGCUAUUAA